UAAAAGUUCCGGCGCGUCGAUAUUUCAGCUAUUUUUAAGUUCUAAUUUCAGUCACCGUGACAUCGCAUCAGUAUAAUGAGUAUUGUUUGAAAAAUUCGCAAAGUGUAAAUGUUUUCAUUAAUAUAUUAGUCACAGUUUAUUCAAAUUAUUUGAAUCCUAAGGUGAACGAUAAGAUAACGCCAAGAUAAUCACGGGCAUAACAGUGACAUGGAAAAAAAAGUGUGUACAGGUAAGCAACAGAUCCAAAAAUUUAAUUUUAAAUCAACAAAAAUAAGAUAUUUAUGGAAAACGUAGAGUUGAGAAAAGACCCUAACAGGAAAUCAAAGAAUAAAUUAAAGUUAUCAUCAUUGACAUCCUAUUUUCGAUCAAGUAAAUCAGGCAACAACCUAAUAUCACCUCCAAUAAAUUUUGAAAAAAUAGAUUUAAUACCAUCCAAUGUAUCUCCGCAUAUUUCUAUUCAAGAAUGCCCAUUUGAUGUUACCGGUUACGGUAUGUUGAUCAUGAAGGACAAAUUUAAAUUAAAAAAACCUGUAAAGAAGAAAAAUGUUUUAGUUUUUAUGUUCGAGAGAAUCAUUAUCAUCACGACUGAGGAACAACCUGACGUAUAUUAUUAUUUAGGAAGCAUAAAAAUGUGUGACUUGAGUAUGUCUGCAACAACAAAAAGAAACAGGAUAUUACUCAAUGAUUUCAACAAAAAUAGAAAUAGACAGACGCAUUUGAACGUAGAAUAUAGCCUGAAGACAAAAAAUCUAGAGACUGUUGAUAAAUGGAGAUAUACUAUUGAAAAAUGUUUAUGGAAAGAAUUGCUCACUGCUCGAGAAAAAUCCCUAGAAGACUUGCAAGGUGCUUCUUGAAGAUUUGCAACUGAAAUGUUAACCAGUGACUGUGAUUUAUGCAACUUACAUACUAGCACUUACUUUUUUUUGAAAAAUGAAUAGUUUGUUAAAUAAAAGCAUCAAUAAUU